AGCGAAGCGCUGUCAAAUAAUGUUGUUAAUCCUCGCGCUGCUCUGUUUCCGGAAACGCGAGGAAGUUUUAGGAGAAACGGAACGACGCCCGCACGCUCGCGCUUGAGUUUGUUGACGAUACCGUACAUUCGACACUGUAGAUCCGGGAUGUGGUGUGUGUGAUGUCGACGUGAGAAGCUCCAGCACUCGAACAGGUGUGUUAAAAGCAGGGCACAGAUUGUAAGCAGAGUCAUGGCUGAAGUGGUAACACCCAACACAGUCUCCUGGUUCACUGAUUACCAGAAGAACCACAUCGUGAAGGACGGAGUCAUUCCAGAAUGGUUCCAUGGUACCAUGUCCAGAAAGUGUUUCACAGGCAGGCAGAAGAAAUGCUCAUGACCAAACCUCCAGGCUACUUCCUGAUUCGUGUCAGUGAAAGCAGAAUAGGAUACACCCUGUCCUACAGAGCUGAUGAUUACUGCAGACACUUUAUGAUCGACAUGCUUCCAGGAAACCAGUGUGAGAUUGUAGGUGAGAAUCUGCGGCAUUGCUCUCUCCAGGAUCUGGUAGACUUCCACAGCAGAACUCCGAUUCAUCCCUACACUGAGCUGCUCACCGUAGCCUGUGAUCAGGCUGGCGAAAAUAUCUCAGAAGACACACCACCCACCCUGGCAGGACGCCGUAGGGUGUCUCAUCCCCCAAUUCCAAACAAGAACCUAAGCAACUUGUCAGAUGUUUCAGUAAGAUCACCGAGGCUCUAUCCCAGCCUAGAACGGGAGCUUAGUGCUCUCAACUUGGAUGGCGUGAGUACUUUAGGUAUAUUACAUGAUGAUAUAUUUCAGGGAUCUCCUCUACACCCUUCACCACUGCUAAGAACAAAAUUCAUCCUUACGCCACAAGAGAUUACCACCAGAUGGCACUCUGCAAAUGCUACAACCACAGCUGGAGGCAAACAAUCUACAGCUUUACCAACAGCUUACAACCAGGGAAAAUCUCAAGACAAAGUGCUGCAAAAAAAACAGUCAGAGUCAAAGCCUACUCGCAUAAAACUGAUUCAGUGCAAGAUCUUCAAGAAGAAGAAAAACAAUUCAGAGGAGCACACAUACAUGGAAAUCAGUGAAGCUACAACUGACCCUACACUGUUGCAGAUAGCUGCAAACACACACCAGGAAAAGGUGGAUGAAGAUUCUGGUACAUUACCAGUGGAAUACCUAAAUCCACCUCCGUUUGCUCCUGGCUACUAAAACAUGAGCCAAAAGACCUAAUGAAAAACCAAAUGAAAAAGAAGUUUAAGAUUUCACCACAGAUAUUUCUGUAAAAUGUACUAGUUUAUUGUUUUGCAACACUUCUGGAAAUGCUGUCUAGGAUAAUAUUCAUUCACACCACACCACAUCUAAAGUAAUACUUUACACAGGAACACUGGAAUAGUGGAUGCUCCAUGGAAGUGAAGGGGUUAUAAAUAUGUUAUUUUCUCUGCAAAAAAUGUAUAAUGGUUGAUAUGAUGAGGUUUUCAGUAUAGACAUGUUAGGAGUCUCCAGUGUCAGCACUUUAUGAUAGUAAUUUUUUAAGACACAGGAAAAUCUUCAUGACUGAGGGCUUUAUAGUUUAUGUUUAUAUAACAUAGGUGAUAAGACUUUCCACAACAUUUAUAACAAUAAAUGAUUUAUAUGCAGGAUAAAG